CUUCAUCGCUACCGGGCGCCUUCGGCUCACUGCGGAGUCGCCACGCCGGUUGACGGUGCCCUGAGGCUGCCACCAGCUCCGCUGCAAGCCAGGCGGGUCCGCGGCUGCGCCUCUCGCCCCGGCUGCGCUCGGCCCCACAGGAGAGGGCGACGGCCAGAAGCGGGGACCCCCCGCCCCCCACACGGCGCUGAACUCCCUUCUUGCGCGUUCAGCCAAUGAACCCGCCGAGGGGGCGGGUCCAAGGCACGUUAUAAAAGGGGCCGGCGGAGGAGCGACGCGGCGUGCUUUGCUGGUACCCGACGGGAGACGGCGAGAGGAAAGGAGGGUUUCUUGCGCGAGCGCGGGCGGGCGAGCGAGCAUCGGCCAUGUGCGGUGAGUGAGGGAGUCUCGGAGGCUGCUUUGUUGCGGAGCGCGAGGGAGCCCAGGCAUCAUGGAAAAGGGCUGCGGGCAGAUCCACUCGGAGAGGUGGGGGGGGGACUUUGCAAAGGGAGACUUGGCAUGCCUUGCUGCUGUUCUAACCAUACAAAGGGGCCCUUCCAUUUUUGCUGGGAGGGGGACUUGUGUAGAUUUUGUGGAAGCAGAGCCGUAUUAUUUUCUAGGGAAUCAGAAAGGGGAAUGAACUGAAAACCUGACCUCGCCUUCCCCCAGAAAGAGAUGCUUAGCGCUUCCUUUCCCAGUCAAGUCCCCCCCCCCCCCGCCCUUGCCAUCCGGAUGCUUUUAUUGCUGUGCCCUCUGCUUCCUCCGGGUAGCCAUUGAGCUGCAAGGCGACCGUAGUAGCAGUAUGCUCUGCCCUGGCUUCCCUCCUCCGGAGGUUUUGUUUGUUUGCUUAUGGAGGAGUUUAACGCUCCCAUGCUCUUUAUGAGAGCAAAGCCGAGCUGUUAAACUUAGCUCUCUCAGCAAAGGGGGACAAGAGGAACUUUCUCUCUCCCCCCCUUCCCCCCAAUCUUGGUCCUUUAAAUGCUCCAGGUACAGUAACUGAAAUUCCAGAAAGACUUGCAAAAUGUAUUUUUAAUUGACCUUAAUGUCCUUUCGUGCAAAUGUUUCUGAGCAAUAGUUUCCCUUGCAUUAGUAGCGGUUAGCGUCUCCUUCCCACUUGGAAGAAUAUCUGAACAAGUCAUAAAAAGAGGUUUUCUGGUCGAAGAUGCUGACCUCUCCUACAUGGUUAAAAUGUAUUUUAAGGGCUUUCCUUCAAUGGGACACUGGCAGACAGCAACAUUUGAAAUGUUCAGUUCAUGCCCCCCUGUAAUAAUUAAGUAAAGACGUGGGGAGAUCUGGGCGCCACAAAGCAAAGACCAAAGGAUUGCCAUUUAAAGGCUCAUGAAAUCACAUGGCCAGGAACUUUCCCUUCCUGGAUUGCCCUGUGUUCAUGGUAAAUGGGUCAUCUGACUCGGUACAGCUUGGGCACAAGUCACUUUUGUGCAUCACUGUUCAACCAGUGCUAGGAAACAUGGAAUUUCACCUUUCAGACAAUAGCCUUCCUUAGUCAAAUGUUUUUAAAAAGAAUGUUCAUUGUAUGUGCAUCGGUGGUGGCACACGGCCCCUGUUUACAAGACCAGAGCCCUCUGCACAUAUGGUCUCUUGUAUUCAUUUAGCCUGGGAGGGAGGAGGAGGAGCCUGCUACCAUUAUGCCCCCCCAUCAUGCACAUUCAUCGAAUACACUUUUGAGCAUCUGAAAAUGGCUAAACUGUUGGUGUGAUAGCAGCAUAAUCCUGAUAAAAGGGCCUAGCCAUAUGCAGAAAGGCUAUAUAUGAGCAGAUCUCCAAAUCUGUGCCUGCAAUUCCUUAUGAUAUAAUUGCUGUUUCAGAACAUCUGAGCAAAUGAGAAUUGCUUUAGGAUAAUUACCCUUAAAAGAAACAAAAUCUAAGGAUGCUGAAGAUAUGUUAAGUCAAGUAAAAAGGAAUGGAAUACAUCAAUAGGUAUGGAAUAAAUGCCCCAGCCUAUGUCUGAGAAUUGGAUUGGACAUUAUUAAUUCCAAUGGCCUGCUUCAGAUUUGUACGUUCAGAACAGGAAAUCACCCACCGUCGCAGUCAAAGCAAUGUGUUAUCUUUGAAAAGUGGACAAAAAGUGCCUUAUUUUAUCAGUUUAAGAAGAUUCUGUUCCACCUGAAUUUCAUUAAGUGACCCUUCUGCGCUAAAGAAGAUCUUAUCAGGAAUGACCCAUAUUGCCUGUGGUUAACAAUUCAAGAUUUUGUAACCAGAAAUUGAAAUAAUACUAAAUACUAAAAGCAACACAUCUCUGAUUGUAGAGCAGGAAACAGGGAUAUUGCACUGUUCAACUAAGUUUUAACUAAGGAGUGGUAUCGCUGACUCAGUGUGAAGUAACAACAAGUAUGUGAUUUCAGUGCACUCAGCCUUUCUAACACCCUUCACUGCUGCCAUAGCAACCAGGCAAUUUUGGUGAUGCAAAAUGAAUAUGUAAAUAAGAAUACUGUUCCAAAAAUGUCACUGGAAGUGGGGAGUGAAAGAUUUCUGCUCGUAGCUGAAACUCCUUUAAAAUACUCUUGGUGAAACAAGCAUGGUUAUAUAAGAAGUUUUAAAAGCAUAAUUAUUUUUCAAAAGAAAAAUUCAAAACAUAAUACAUUAAAAUUCCAUAUAUUUUAAAAACUUUUAACAGAGGUUGACAACCUUGUUCAGUCCUGAGAACACAGCUGUAGCUUGCUUGCUUUUGGCGAUGUUGCUUCUUCCAUUGUAUAUUAUUUAUUAUUAUUAUUUAUUGAAUUCAUAUACUGCCCUAUACCCACAGGUCUCAGGGCAGUUCACGGGAUAAAAUCACAAUAUAAAAAACACAAAAUACAUAAUAAAAACAAAAACAAGGACAACCCAAUAACCCCUCCCCCCCAAAAAAUAAUAAUCAGAGAGGUAAAAUAGAAUUUUAAACAGAGAAAAUAAGCACCCAUCAGGUAUCAUCUAGGAGUAGAUUAAAAUAUCAAUUUAACUGUCUUUCAAAUCAAAACAUUUUAGCCAUUGUAACCAUUCACAGAAGCUCUUUUAGUACCAAGCCAGAUUGGACAUGGUGGAAUUUUGUGACAAUCUCUUGUGGAAGGCUUAAACAUGAGCUCCAUGAAAUAAAGGGGAAAUGAGAAAAAAAUCUGACUGUGGAUCCCUUUUUAAAGACUUACCUGCAGAUUUCCUAAGCCAGCGUUUUUACAGGUGGUUCUUUCAAGGCUUACUUUAGCCAACCUUUUGCCAUGCUGGCUGGGGCUGAUAAGGAUAGUAGUCCAAAACAUGUGGAGGGCACCAGGUUGUUGAAGCCUGAUCUUGGAAGAUGUUUCUGUGAAGUUUUCAAAUGGGAGUUGAAGACAGCAGCCUACCCCUUUGGCUUGCCCGCCAGCAUCUGAAAUCCAAGCAGAUAUGAGAAACCUACGAAUGUCCAGGUGUGGGACUCCAACUUUUGCUAGCAGGACCAGUAAUUAGGAAACAUGGGAGUGGGCUUCAAUAUCAUCUGGAGCGCUAUGGGUUUCUCAUCUCUGUUCUGAAGGUACUGCCUCUGAACAUGAGGGUUCUCUGUAGCAGUAAUACUAAUGACUGUCGAGAGAAUGUGAGUAACGACUUUUAAAAAGCUAUUUAACUGAAUUAAAGUUUAGGGUUCAGUAACAUGCCUGGAAAUGGUACACAGCUGCAACUGAAGUAUUGGAGACUAAUCAGUUUGUCAAAUUAACUCCAUGAUAAUACAAAACUGGAAGGGACGCGGGUGGCACUGUGGGUUAAACCACAAAGCCUAGGACUUGCCGAUCAGAAGGUCGGCGGUUUGAAUCCCCGCAACGGGGUGAGCUCCUGUUGCUCAGUCCCUGCUCCUGCCAACCUAGCAGUUCGAAAGCACAUCAAAGUGCAAGUAGAUAAAUAGGUACUGCUCUGGCGGGAAGGUAAACAGCGUUUCCGUGCGCUGCUCUGGUUUGCCAGAAGUGGCUUAGUCAUGCUGGCCACAUGACCUGGCUGUACGCCGGCUCCCUCGGCCAAUAAAGCGAGAUGAGCGCUGCAACCUCAGGGUCGGCCAGGACUGGACCUAAUGGUCAGGGGUCCCUUUACCUUUACUAAUACAAAACUGCAGUUCUGAGAUUAUAGAAUGGCAGGAAGACAUCAGUACACUUGAAGAUGGACUACUUUCUGUGAACCACAGAGAUACAAAGUAGCUAGAGUGGGAGCCUAAUCAAAUAGAAUUACUGCUGCAGAAUACCGUUCCCAGUGUAGAAGAUAAGUGGUAGGUCUAUAAUGCUCUAAGGCAGUACAUAUUUAAAAGCUGAAGGAGUGGAGUGUUGACUCAUUAGUCUCAAACUAUGAGACACCCCUAUCUUGAUCCUGGUAAACUUACAAGUACUGACGUUUCUUGAGGAAUUUCCCCACUGGAAAACUCUCAAUGACCCUUUCUUUACCCACCAGUUGCAUUCCUCAAAGAGGAAGCAAGAAUUUCAAAGCCUUGAUGAGAGAUAAAGGGAGCCGUUUUAAACAAAGAUGAGCUUGUGCAACUUCUAGCUGACUCUGUGCUUGAAGAAGUGUGCAUGCACAUGAAAGCUCAUACCAGUAACUAACUUAGGUGGUCUCAAAGGUGCUACUGGAAGGAAUUUUUAUUUUAUUUUAUUUUGCUUGAACUUCAGUUUUUUAAGUGCCAGCACAAAGCAUGAAGGCUCUUUCCCUCACCCGCCUCUGUAACUUGAGUCUUUUCCUGUACAGAAUUCCUUCUGUACGAUCCUUUAAAAGCAACCCGAUUCUUUUCAGUUUUUCUUCAAUCAAACCAAAUGAUUAAGUCAGCUGUAAGUAGGAGUACUUAAUGUCAUCUGUUAUCUCCUGCAUGAUAAAGACAACAGCAUGCUGAAGGCUGUAACAUGAAACUGUGCUUUUGGGAGCUUUGGCUGGGAAGUAGGGUCUAAGAAGAAAAUAAGUGAGGAUAAUGAGGUCAAAAGGGAAAUGGUCUAGUUAACAAUAACAGGUUUAUUGUACAACUCAAUAAAACUCAGUAAAACUCAAAACAUGGUUCAGUCUGUGGUUGUUUUCUAUAGCUCUGUCCACAUAAGCUUGUGCCACGUUUUGUUUGUCUCCAAGUUGCUGCAAGACACAUCACUGUUUUUGCUAUCACCAACGUAUACUUGAAAAAAUAAUCACUCAGUUUCAAGCUCCCCCCCCCCCGCUAAUUCUGCCACUCAUAAAAGGUAAUGGCAUUAGCAAUAAAUGAAACUUAAAACUGCAUUUGCAAUUUGUGCUAGAAGCUCAGGCCAAAAACGAACUUACGUUUUGUUUUAUUUUAAAAAUAAUUAUGAUGGAACAACAACAGAUUCUUCAGUUUCAGGAAAGGAAGAGGUCUGGUUCAUAUUUUGUAAUGUUUGUGACACAUUGUAGCAAUACUUAUUUUUUAAAAGGCAAAUACAGUGGUACCUCGGGUUAAGUACUUAAUUCGUUCCGGAGGUCCGUACUUAACCUGAAACUGUUCUUAACCUGAAGCACCACUUUAGCUAAUGGGGCCUCCUGCUGCUGCCACGCUGCCGGAGCAAGAUUUCUGUUCUCAUCCUGAAGCAAAGUUCUUAACCCGAGGUAUUAUUUCUGGGUUAGCGGAGUCUGUAACCUGAAGCGUAUGUAACCCGAGGUACCACUGUACUUAUUUUUUGCCUCUCUAAAAACUCUGUAUCAGCUACUGAAGUUCAGGUUCCUGCCUUUUUAAAAAAUAAAUAAUUCAUUAAAUUUAAAAUUUGUAUUACAAAUAUACAAGCAUACAAUCAUACAUUUCAUACAAUCCUUAAAAGUGUUCAAACAUACCUACACUCAGUCCCACGAAUAAUUCAUUUCAGGUUCGUGCCUGAUCACUACCAAAUUCAUACUGACUUGCUCCAAAAUAUAGGCUAUUUCUAAACAGCUCCUAAUGCCCUCACAGUGUCCAACUGAGCAGCACAUAAACCUAAUCAAAAGAGAGAGGACAAUCUGUUUGUGGAAGGAAGUAUGUGAGAAGGGGAAUGAGUUUAACAAGCAGUAGAGGGUUUGGCUACAGUCUAGCAUGGAGUUAAGAGCAUGCAAACCCAUUGACAUUUAAUGGUAUUGACUCUGUGCUGGGAAUUUUUGGCCUCCUUGUGUGUGAAAGUGAGCAAUUAAUAAGUUAAUAGAAGGCACAAUAGAAUGUGUGUGCUUGAAAGGAAAAUUUCUUUCCCAUGACCCAAAGAAUCUGUAAUAUAUUCCUUGGCAGCCCAGGCUCUGCUAUCAUUUUCAGUGAAGUCUCUAGUGGCUUCUGAGUCUCCUGGUAUGCAUGAAUAGUAGCAGUGCUAGAGUUCUGUAUAAACAAGGAACCUUUACCAAACACAGGACACUGGCUGCAUUGUGGACAGAUCCCUCAAAAGAGGCCUUCCCUGAAGUGAUAAUACACAUAAAGACAUGAUGCCUUAAUGCAGGAAAUCUGACAGGUCUUGAAAAAUACAUGUUGUAAAGCAGUGGUUCAGAAAGCAGCAAAAGGGUCAUUUCUUUUUUAAAAAAUGAGGAUAUGCAGAAAUGUUUAAAACACUUCUCUGGAAAAGUAGCAGAGAAUUUGAGCUGAGCACAUGGAAAAAAUGUUAAUAGCCAUAAAUUUAACAGACUUUCUUGCUGCCUCGGGGCAACUUUUUAAUGUUACUAUUUGCAGGCAAGAGUUACAACCGAUAUGUUUUAACAGAAAACCAAACAAAAACACAAGUCUUCAAUACAUUGGGCUGGGGGCUGUUAUGUACCAGGCUUUGUGAAAUCCCAGUUUAUAUUCUAAAAAGUUUUCCUUUUCAGGUCUGUUAUAAAAAUAUCCGCUUUGCACAUCUUCUUUUCAUAGGUGGGAAAUUGCUGACUUAACUUUUGCUCCAAAAGUACAAAUCCUUCUUGGUGUCAGAUAAUACAUAUUUGACAUGACCUGUGUAGCUUCAGAUGUGGAUACUAAAUGAUACACAGUUUCUCAUUUAUACUCAUUUGUUUAUUUAUAAUUUCAUUUUAUGUACAGUACCAAAAAGGGGGGGGGAAUUAACCAUAACAAAAUUGAUUACAAACAAGGGAGUAUACAGAAGUUUUCAGGUACAUAAUCAAUUAUAUGCUUGCCCAACUCUUGCCCAAAUCUGUUGUAGCCAAUCUGUAAGAUAUCUCCAAAGGAGUACCAACAUUGGAAAGAUUGCAUACCAGGGAUGAAGAAUAAAAAUGGAAAAGAAAAGUGGGAAAAGAUCAGUGUAACUAAUACAUCUCACAUUCUGAAGGGAUGUUUGAAUAAAUUAGGGCUGGGAAUUCAGACCAGUUGAAAUUAUUUCGUCAACUGACUGGUCAGAUAUUGUCAAAUAAUUGCCAACUGUUUGUAAAGCAUUAAUUUUAUUUGGCCAAGAAAAAAGGUACAAAGCUGUGGCUUAAGGGAAUGCUGUAGGGAAGGGAAAUUGGCUUUUAGUUACAGCACCUACCAAUCCGGAGUAGCAAAGAGCAGCAAAAAAGUAUCCAGCUUUGUCCCCCAUCUGCCCCCAAAAUGUUGCUGGCUAUUGGCAGUAGGGUGCUGUUGGCGGUUUCUUCUACCUACCCACUGUUUGAGUAGGUGGGCACCUCAUCCAAACCCUCUCCAGCAUGGCUUAUUUGAGGACUGGGAUUGUCUGUUAAGCAUCAACCUGUUUAAUAUGGUGCUAAUUACAAAAACAAAUUAGUUUAACUGUUAAGCAUGAAACUGUUCCCUGGCCAUGGUAACAAAUGACAAUACACUGUAAUAUAAAUGUAAUAUGCACUAAGUUUCCACCUCAGUUAGUGUUCUUGACAGCAUGAAAUAUUUGACCAUGAUCAAAUAGUAGGUUAAUUUAUUGGUCAGUUGACAGUAAUUUGAUCAGUUAGUUGACAAGUGUGCCAGUCAUAAAGCAACCUGUCAAUUGGUGUCCUAACCUGGGAAUGUCACUCAAAUAAAUUAAAUCCUUGAUACUGACUAAAAUUGUGCAACACUUUAUGAAUUAUUGGAUUGGGUUGCCUCAUUCUAAAGGUUGUUGCUUAACUACGUAACAAACUUCAUCUGAGUAACAAGACAACUCCCAAACCUUUAUAGUGACAGGAUUAAGCCUUGUAGGAUUUGUUGUAAAAUGUAGCACUUUGAGUUUAUAAGACUUUAUAUGUGCUUCUGAGUAUGUUGUGUAAACAUAUUAAAGUACCAGUUUAUCAUUCUUCUUUUCAAUACCCAACAGGAAUAUUUGCAUAUCUGAACUACAGGGUGCCUCGGACCAGGAAGGAGAUAUUUGAAACUCUCAUAAAAGGGCUACAGAGACUAGAAUACAGGGGAUAUGACUCUGCAGGUAUGUGAACAAUCCUGUUGUGCAAAAUUUCCACAGCAGUGGCCAAGUCGGUCUCCUACUGUAAGAAAAACAAAAGAGUCUUGUGGCACUUUAAAUGCUAAUAAAUUUAUUAUGGCAUAAGCUUUUGUGGACUCUAGUUCAUCAGAUGCAUAAAAUGACAUCUUAGCUGGCAAGUACAUAAAGGAGAAGAUUUUAAGGUGGGAGUUGAAUGGCAAUGAGAGGCAGAUAUAGCCAUCAAUGAUAAUUAGAGCUUGGCAGAACAAUCCAAACAUCCUUACAUUGGGCUGCUUAUUUUAUUUUAGUAGGUAGAGGUAUUCCUCCACCCAGUGCCCUCAUGAAAUUUUGCUGCUUUUAAGUCAUUUGGGGCUUGUCUAAGGUACGAUGAGCAAUACAAAUGUUUUACCUCAACACCAGUUGCCUAAACAUUCAUCUGGCUUUGUAAGCAAUUGUAUGUGUUAACUAAGACUGUACGAUAAGUUGUGUUCUGUAUUUCAGGUGUUGCAAUUGAUGGGAAUGAUAAUGAAGAUAAGGAAAGGUACAUUAAAUUGGUCAAGAAAAGAGGAAAAGUGAAGGCUCUCGAUGAGGAGUUGCAAAGUGAGUAGAAAGGGUGGGAUUCAACUAACAAACCCCACUAACAACCAGCACAAGGGCUAAGGCUGAAGUUCCCUACCUCUAAGCUAGCAUAUCAAUUGCUCUUCUUUGUGGACUGUGGUGGUUUGUUUAGCAGGCAUGUCCGAAGUCCAUUUUGGGGGCCUAAUCCGGCCUGCCGGUUGAUUUAAUCCAGCCCCCGUGGCAGUACAGUGGUAUCUCGGGUUAUGAACUUAAUUCGUUCUGGAGGUCCGUUUUUAACCUGAAACCGAUCUUAACCCGAGAUACCACUUUAGCUAAUGGGGCCUCCCGCUGCCGCCAGUGUGCGAUUUCUGUUCUCUUUUUUCUAAAAAGAUAUUUAUUGAAAGUGUAAAAAUAGUUGACAAAGUAGAAAAAGAAAAAAAAAAACCCCCUUCCCACCAUAUGAGUAAAAAUUCAAAAUAAAAAAGUGACAAAAAAAAGGAAAAUACAAAAAUACAUCACAAACCGUUAAAAACAUUUAAAAACAAAUUCAUUAUUUUCAAAUCCUUAACUGUCAUUGCCUUCUUUCUUAGACCUCCUCCUCCUCCCUUUCUUUGUAUCCUAGUUAUUAAUUAUCCCAGCAAAUCCUUUCCAUGUUUCAUAAUAUUCUGUCAUUACAUUACCCUAAACUGUUGUAAUCUUAUCUUUCUAUAAAAUAAGCCUUAAAGCUUAAAACUUAAAUCUUAUCCUUACCAACUUCUCAUAACCAUAAUAUUCUUUCAUAAUUCUUUAAACAUCUUGGCUAAAGCCAAGUAAUUUCAUUCCAACAUUUUUCUAACAUUCAUCAAUUUUAUAAAACAGUUCUAAUGGUAGAGAAAAGAGAUACAAACAAAUCCAAUCUUCAUCCAACGUCCCUUCCUCCUGGUUCCGGCUUUUGUCAGUCCUUAUUAUCCCAUCGAUCUAGCCCAUUAACCUGGCAACCUUAUAUCCGAGGCCCUCAAGUCUCUUCCAUGUCCCUUCCGCAGCUCUUUUUCAUAUGUGUAACUGUAUUUUCCCUUGUCUCCUGCUCGUGGUAACUCCAGCUUGACAAUGUUCUUAACCCUUCUCAACAGAUCAGCCCCUUUUCCAUAUUCAACACUGAAUUCCAUGUAGUAUUUAAAAGCAUGUUUCAAAGACCCUCCAAAAUUAAGAGCCCCCACAAACCCAAACAUCUCACGGCCCAUUGCCAUAUUUGAAAAGUCCAAACGUCCCAGCAUAGGGGGGUCAAUCCAGCCCCCCAUUUCCAAGCCAAACCAAACUUUUCCUUUCCAAAUCUGGCUUUUUCCAAGUUCAUUUGUCAAAUCCGAAAACUCAUAUUCCUGUUGGGCCUGUUCUGUCAAGACACACCCCUGAUUUAAUUCCUGAGUGGGCUCCACAUAUUUUCCCACUGUCUGUUCAAAAUUUCCCACUGCCUGUUCAAAAUUUCUAGUCGAAGUCGCCAUCCAAUUCACCUUCUCAUGUAAUUGUUCCAGUAGGGCAUUUGUUUUAUAGAGAGCACACAACAAAGCUUCUGAAUACAUUGUCCUGCAAGGUAAGAUGCCUGUUCCCACGGUUGUAAUCUGUAACAGCUGCCGGCUCCCUGGAGUUGGUUACAGUUUCACAGACUCCUCUAGGGGAAAACUUCUAUUUGUUCUUGCAACAAAGUUUCCCUUUUUGAGAUACUUUGUUGAUAUAUAUUCCUUUAAAAUGCGAAGGGCAACAGUGGAAUCACUAUGUUUCUCUUCUUUUAGCUAUCUGUCAAAAACACUUGUCUUUGGUCAAUGAACUUCAAACGUCAGUCCUGACACCCCGCUCCAGGAUCAGGACGGAGGAAAGUUACUUUACUUUAAAGUCACUUUAAACAGUCCAAAAAGAUCCCCCCCCUUCUCCUGCUGUCGAAGGGGGGUUCCACAAUUUUAAAUGCUGAAAUCCAAUCCUUUAAAGACGAUUUUCUGAGCUCUAGUUUAAAUUGUCUUUGCUUUAUUCUGUUUACAAAGGAACGGAAGGCUGACUUCCUGUUUAGACCUUCCCGUUCCGUACCAAAUUAGAGUAAGUUUUUAAAAUCCAAUUCUUUUCUGCUUGUUAGUCCUUAUUUGAUGUCCAAUUGUUCAAAGUCUUAAGUACUCACGGGUGCUUAUUUUAAAGUCCAAAUUGUCCCAGGAAAAAGGCAGCGCUCUCCGGCAACGGCUAUGCGGCUUCGCUCCACGGAAAUAGCAGUUGACUCACAGCACCGCGCCACUUCCCCCCUUCACUUCGGAGCCCGUUAGUGGGUUCCUUAGCGGGUUGGGGGGGCGCUAAUGGUGCCCGCCGAGUCCCAUGGUCACAGGCUUCAUCCGCCUGUGAUUUUUAAAAGGGUCCCGGCUUCGCCGUAGCGGAGAAGACCCGAUUCCCGCGGAGCUAGUCCCUCCAGUUCAGAGGGAGUCCGCCAUUGCCGGUGGCGCCACCCCGGAAGUCCCCGCGAUUUCUGUUCUUAUCCUGAGAUAAAGUUCUUAACCUGAGGAGGUACUACUUCCGGGUUAGUGGAGUCUGUAACCCAAAGUGUUUGUAAUCUGAGGUGUUUGUAACCCGAGGUACCACUGCAUAUGUCCUGGGGUAAAAUCCUAAGAAAAGCUCAGUAACUUCAAUCAAUCCUAAAAAAAAGCUCAACAACAACUCUGGUAGGCCCUCAUGCAUCAAAUCUGGCCCUCUUUGAAAAAUUCAUCAUUAGCUACAGUGGAGGAAUGGUUGUUAAAAUUACUGGAUUUAGCUGAGAUGGUGAAAUCGACAUUUUUAAUCUGGGAAAAAAUAUUGCCAGCAUUUACUAAAGAUUGGAAACUUCUUACAGAUUUUAUGCAUGAAGAAGAAAGAGAACUUAAUGAUAUCAGGGUUUAAGGAUUGAAGAUAAUAAUGUUGGUUUAUAGAAGGUGGAUUUUCUGGGUGUUAUCUUGGAGUGGCUGUGCUGAAUAAUUCUCCCUAUAUAGCUGACAUAUUAACAACUGGAACUUCUCUUUUUUAUUUUCUUUUUCUUUCCCUCUUUUUCCUCCCUUCAUCUCUCCUCCCCCCCCAUUUCUUCUCUCUAGUUCUGUUGGGUAUUUUUAUUUAAAUUUGCUUUUUAGGCUUGACGAAAAGGUAGCUGAUAUUAAUCUUUGUAUUUUUGUGUGCAAAUUUCAAGAAAAUUAAUUCAUUUUAAAAAAGAACUCUCUUCUGUUGGUACUGAUGAAAUAAAUGCAGCCAAUAUAAUAUGGACAGCCCAGUUUCAUGUGGUUUAUUGAAAGUAUAGAAACAAAUACUUUCCACACAGUUUAGAAUUUACAAAUUGUCACUCUUUUAUAAUUAAAUAGAAAGUUAAGACUAUGUUAGUUACGUAUUUUUGUGACUAUAAUUUGAAUUAAAAGUGGUUGGGAUUGAUUUGUGUGUGUAUGUGUUUGAUUUUGUAUACAGAACAAGAUGGUCUAGACUUAAAGGCAGACUUCGAGACACAUUUUGGUAUUGCUCACACUCGCUGGGCAACCCAUGGAGCACCAAAUGCAGUGAACAGUCACCCACAACGAUCAGAUAAAAGUAACGGUAGGUACCUUCUAAAAAAAUCUGUAGUUGCACCAGAGUAGAAAUUCCCAGAAACAACUUUGGAAACCAGUAGACUGAAAUGAAUUGUUUGUGCAUAUUAGAUAAGGUUGGUGAUUACGUCAGAUAUUUUUUCUUCUUACACAAAGGAAUGUUGUGGUUUUGCAAAGGUGCAACUCCAAGGAUUCAUGAAAUUAGGGAAUCUGAAGCAGCUGAGGCUAGAAUGCCAGGAUUCCAUUCACAAAUCAGAUUGGAAUUCCUACAAAACCCCUUAACAUACUGUGUUUUCAUUACCAAAAAUCUAGUGACAGCAGCCCAACACAGUCACUGAAAGAGGAAAAUAACGUAAAGCACUUUGCCGAUUUAAAAUGCUAUUUAGAAAAGGUUCCAACUUUAAAUCUUUGAUUGAAUUAAGCUGUUAUUGAUUGGUUCAUCUCUUUUUUGUGUGUUUUCCUAUUUCUUUCAGAAUUUGUCGUUAUCCAUAAUGGGAUCAUUACAAAUUACAAAGACCUAAGGAAGUUUUUGGUAAGCUGAAAACAACUGGAUGUCCCAAAAUGUGUGUGUGCCAAUUUCAGCUCUGUGGCCUGGUUAGCUUUUGCUCUAUGGCCUGGUUCUCAUGAUGCACUAAGCCAAACCUUGGCUUAAUGAAACCAUUUGUACCUAGUUUAGUGGGGCCUAUGAUCAGGCAAGUGUUUAUAGGAUUGCAGCCUAAAUGAAGUUUCUCUAUGUGAAUUUUGGUGGGUGAUAGGAAUGAUGGUAAUUGUGAUUGAAACCGUAGAUGACACUCGAUUAUGUUGUAUGUAGUCUUAAAAUCCUGAUGGUAACACGCAGAUAUAAACAUUUUCUUAAACCCCCCCCCAUUCCAGGAAACCAAAGGUUACGAGUUUGAAUCUGAAACAGAUACUGAAACCAUUCCAAAGCUGAUCAAAUAUGUGUAUGACAACCGGGAGUCUGAAGACAUAAGUUUUUCUGUCUUGGUUGAGAGAGUCAUUCACCAGCUGGUGAGUGGGAAAUUUUCUCUCUUUAUUUCCUAUAAUAAAUAAUAUUUAAGACAAUAUGAAACUACUUUUCAUGUAUGAAGUUAAAAUGUGGAAAUAACUACUCAGUUUUGUUCUGUUGGGAAAACUUUAAAGAAUUCUUUCAAUUCCAUGUUUUAUUUUGCUUUCAUUUUUAAUAAAAAUGCCAUCUUGUUACAUACCUGCCCUGUGCCUGCUGGUUAAGAGUGAGGUGCAAACCCAGAAGAAAUAGAGGAAACUGUAGUAUUUCUGAGCACAAUGAUUUUCUUUUCCUUCAGAAAUAUCAAACCGCGAUAACCAGAGCACAAUCCUGCCAUUUACCAUCUCUUGUCUUCCUCCUCUGUAGUUCUCAGAUGAAAAGUUAUUGCACCAGUUAAAAGAUUUCUAAACUUCCUUGUUAGUUUAAUAGCCCUGGGACCGUAGAUCCCAAAGCUGAAUGUGUAGAGUAAAGCUACAUUUUCUUUCAUCAUUGUUUGGGACAGUUCAUUCCUUCCAGUGUGAGAGCCAGUGUGGUGUAGUGGUUAAGAGUGGUAGAUUCGUAAUCUGGGGAACCAGGUUCGCGUCUCCGCUCCUCCACAUGCAGCUGCUGGGUGACCUUGGGCUAGUCACACUUCUCUGAAGUCUCUCAGCCCCACUCACCCCACAGAGUGUUUGCUGUUGGGGAGGAAGGGAAAGGAGAAUGUUAGCCGCUUUGAGACUCCUUCGGGUAGUGAUAAAGUGGGAUAUCAAAUCCAAACUCCUCCUCUUCCUCCUCCUCCUCCUCCUCUCUAUUUACUCUAACCUGACUAAAUUUAAUGGGGAUUAGUCCCACACGUGUGUUUAGCAUUGCUGACUUGUGCAUUUUUGACCUCCUCAUUUUGUGAUAAUCUUUUGUUUCUGACAAUUCCUUGAUGCCGAAUGACAAAAGAUUCAUUUUUUCCUCAAAGGGUCAUUAGAGAUAAUAAGACAGGAUCUUACUCUGUGUGUAACUAUCAUCCAUGUCAUCCUCCCCCCCACUAAUGUUUAAUUUCCCCCCUCCCAGGAAGGAGCUUUUGCACUGGUUUUCAAAAGUAUCCACUACCCAGGGGAAGCUAUUGCUACCAGGUUAGUAAAAGUAUUUAGUGUCCAUUACUAUGUAAUAGAAGCUGAGGAUAUAUGUAAAGCUCUGUGGUUUUUUAUACUUGAUAGUUUGUAGAAGGGUUUUUUGCAUUUGGUGGGGUCCAUAUUAAUAGACAAGCACACAGGAAAGGUUUCUAGUAGAUAUUUUUUGUUUGAAACAUUCAGUUUAUCCUUAAUAAAAGUUAUAUAACUAAUUUACCUGUUGUUUCAUUAUUUGACAGGAGGGGGAGUCCACUACUUAUUGGAGUUCGAAGUGAAUCUAAGCUUUCCACUGAACAAAUCCCUGUCCUAUACAGAACAUGUAAGUUAUUAAAGCAUUAUAACCAUACAGGUCUUGCUUUUGUUACAGAAUUGUUGAGGAAGUGAGUUCAUUAAACACACACAGAAAUGCUCAUGUUACUAGAAACCCCACUGGUAGACAUAUAGGGCAGUGAAAUAUUUGGAUUAGCAUCCCCAAAUCUAUUCUGAAGCAUUGAGUUGAAACCCAGGCCAUGUUUAGGGGGCAGAUUGUGGGGAAGAGGGAGGAAGAACCUUGCUACACCUGUUUUAAAACCAUGUAAUUCUGUAUUUCAACUUGAUCUAUAUAAUGAAUCAACCUUCACAGUUGUGUGUGUGUGUGUUUUUUAAUUGGCAGGCAACAUUGAAAAUGUAAAGAAUCGAUGCAAAACACGAAUGAAAAGACUAGAUAGUUCUACCUGCCUUCAUGCUGUUGGAGAUAAAGCGGUUGAAUUUUUCUUUGCUUCAGAUGCAAGGUAACUGAAAAAUAUGUGUGAUCUAUGUUAGCAGGAUCAGUUUAGUUAUUUACCCUACCCUUGUAAUUCAAUGGAGAAAUGUAAAUCAGUGGGACAGGCUGCUGCUGGCUGCAGCUUCUAAUCCAGGCAUGGCUAACCUGUAACCCUUCAGACAUUGCUUCUUGAAUACACUUCCCAUCAUCUGUAGCAUUGGCCAUGCUGGCUGGAGCUGACAUUUUGAAUGUGAGAGCCUUUCUAGAACUUGGCUACCAAAUGCUCAUUUGGUGUUGCAACUUUCCCAUCUUUGAGUUGUGACCAAGAUGUGGGGAGUGCAUAAUCUAAGCUCCUUUUUACUCUUAGACUUUGCACAUGCAAAUAGAACAAAUUUAAAUGGAGAUUCUGUAACUUAGCUGACUUUGCAUUCUUGUUUGUAGCGCUAUAAUUGAACACACCAACAGAGUAAUCUUUCUAGAAGACGAUGACAUUGCAGCAGUGGCUGAAGGGAAGCUUUCUAUUCAUCGGCUAGAACGUUGCGCUAGCGAUGACCCAUCUCGGAUCAUACAGACUUUGCAGAUGGAAUUGCAGCAAAUCAUGAAAGGUAAGGGCAGCUGAACAAUCUUGCUGGUCCAAGGGCAUAUGAAGGAAACAUUUACCCAUUAGAAACCAGGUGCCUUUCUGGUCAAACCUUAGCUACAGGAACAGCGCUAGAGAUGGGCAGGGAGGAAAAAAGAAAGACAGUUUUAAAAUAAUGACAAUAAUGAUACUUCAGUAUCAUUUCUAGAAGCUGGUGUUUCCCCAGAGCUGUAAACUGGUCCUGCUGAUAUUUGAGGCAUCAAGUGUACUUCUAUAAAGAAAAUUUCUCAGUUUAACAGUUAAUAAAAACAAUGAAUAUUAGUAUGAUGUUGUUCAAAACAUGUAAAGCAUCUGAGCACUGAACAGUAAAUAAACAUAGGCAGAAAAUUCAAUUUCCACUGGUGUCUUGUUCGUGGAGGCAGUUGAUCCAUAGCCCUCUGCCUCACCCUAAUGCCCUUUAGCCACCAAACCAGAACAACUUCAUCUUUAAAUAAGCUUAGUUAUUGUUUAGGAGAAUUUAAUAUUUAUAACGAAGUGAAUUCCCAUAACCCCUUCUGCAUUCUUUGCCCAAUCUUUUGCUAGCAACAGUUUUGACUUUUGUUGAAAUUGCUGUUCUGUGCUUGGUUACUCUUGCUGCAAAUUCAAGUCUCAUUUGAACAGUAAUAAGAAAGGCAGUCUGAAACUUAACUAGUCAUGUUUUAUAAAAACAGGGAACUUCAGUGCUUUCAUGCAAAAGGAAAUAUUUGAACAACCGGAGUCUGUUUUCAAUACCAUGAGAGGAAGGGUGAACUUUGAGAGCAACACAGGUAACAUGGGGGAAUUUUUAAUUCCACUCAACAUUGCCACUACUCUUUUUUUUUUUUUUUAGCAACCUACUCUGAACUAAAGAUAUCUCCUUGUUUCUGUUUCAUGGAAAUUACAGUUCUUUUAGGUGGCUUGAAGGACCAUUUGAAAGAAAUCAGAAGAUGCAGACGAUUAAUAAUCAUUGGUUGCGGAACCAGUUUUCAUGCUGCAGUGGCUGUAAGUUCAGUAUACUCUUGAACAUGUAAGAAAGAUAAUGGAAACGUAUGGCUACAGGGAUUUUACUUUUCUAUUCUUAUUUUGCUUUUAUUUAUAAAAGGUUUAUUGAUCAGUUUUCACAAAGUGGUGCUCAAUAAAAAUACAUUGGACCUACAUAAAUAUACCAUAAUAAACCCAGUUGUGUUUGGUGAGGUUGGGUGCAGCGCUCAUCUGACCUCGUGUUCCCCAUGUUGCUGCUGCAUACCAGGGCAGAAGCUGUGAAAGACACUUAGGGGUGGCCUUGCUGUACCCUGUGUUUCCUGCCUGGUUAGAGAUAGAAUACAGCCCCCAGUCAACAAGACUUGCUGGUAGAGAGUGGCUGGGUAAAGAGCCUGUGGGCAAACAUAGACCGCUUCCCCUCCCUGCUAAGUGCCUUGAUAAGGCAUACCAGAAACAGCUGGGAUGAGGGACAGCCUUGAGGCCUCAGAACUCAUUACUCAGGAAGAAGACACAGCGGAUAGAGUGGUGGGUGGAAUCCUAGCUAAGACAAGCUGGGAGAAAAUGCUUGGCGGUGUGCAGUGUGAGAGAGGUGUAGGGCUGCGGGCUAGGCUUAACUGAUGUCCUGGCUGAGAAGCUGACUGAAAAGAGGCUGAAGGGACCUGGGGACCUGGUGAGCUUCAAACAGUGCCUGAAGUGCACUGACAUGGACCUCAUAGAUUAGACAGGGAUGGGCUUUGAUAAUAUGGCACCCUGAGCGAGGACAAAAUUUGGUGCCUCCCCCCCCCCCCAAAUUAUUUCUUAUUUUCACAAUUAUUCCUUUUGGUACAGUUGCUUUUUUAAUGGAUCUUCUCGGUAGCUACCUGGAUAAAUGUUGUUGUUGUUGUUAUUUUGUGCUCCCUCGGCUUGUGGGAAACCGCCCACACGACCUUAAAUCCAGCACUGGAGUAGACCCUCCUGCCUCAGCCCACAGGGAGGUGGGAUGGUUCUGGGAGGGAAGAGCAAGAAGUUAUCCCCCCCCCCUUCUGCUGCUCUACCCCACUGCCUGCUUGCUACUUUAAAAAAUAAUAGACAGGUUAACAUGGCAGAAAAAGAGAGAGUGUUCAGUAGAUGCCUUGGUAAGAAAGAAUGCCUUUAAUUGCUGACAGAAGCAUGCCACCAAAGAUGCUCACCAUAUCUUUAAAUAAAUAAAUAAAUAAAUAAAUAAAUUAAAAUUAAAAUUAAAUUAAAAUAAAAUAAAAUAAAAUAAAAUAAAAUAAAUAAAAUAAAAUAUAACCAUCCAUUAUCUAACAUACCCUACAAAAAUAAGAAGAGUUGCUGGAUUGGAUCAAAAGCUCAUCUAAUCCAGCAUCCUUUUCUUACAGUGGUCAGCAUUUACCACAAGUGGGAUGUAAACGCAACAGCACUCUCCUCACUUGUGAUCUCGGCAAAUAUAGUUUAUUUCUGCAAAAGAAAUGCUCUACUAUCUUUAUGUUGGUUACAGACCCGUCAAGUUUUGGAGGAACUAACUGAGUUACCUGUGAUGGUGGAACUUGCCAGUGAUUUUCUGGAUCGGAAUACCCCUGUCUUUAGAGACGAUGUGUGCUUUUUCAUCAGUCAGUCCGGUGAGCUUUAAUCUAUGCUGUAUGUUAAUCUUGGCAAAGCUUUUUAUUUGGUUUUCAGAUCUAUCAUGAGCUGGUGACAGCUUCAGAGCCAGUCUGGAAUAGGUUUUUUACACUCUCAAGUGAGAUCAGGCAUACCUGAUUUCAUCCUGAGUCUAUGUCCCAGUCCCUUUCUCCAUACCUAGGUGAUAGAUUCCUGGCUACAUUUUUGAAUGCUUUUUACUAGCUGAGCUUUGUAUGUCAACUGCUACAAGCAUAUCACAGUAGAAAUAUAAAAUAACAUUCUACGACUACUCUAAUUCGCUUUAUGUGUUAAAAGGGAAAUAGCAUUCCUAUGUCAAGGCUGUAAGAUUUCUUCUCUGUUGAUCAUGUACUGCAAAGGAAAAAGCAGGCUUUUCGGAGUUUGUAAAGGAUGUAAUAAGCAGAGUGUAUCUGGUGAGGCAAUUAGAUAACAGUGUAGAUAAGUUAGGCCAGAACCCUCCUUUAUUAACUAAAGAACUACUUGGCAGCAGAGUGACACUAUACCUCAAGUUAUCUCUUAACAGUGAGAGGCAAAAGAACUGGUGCCAAAUAGAGAGAGGAAUCUUAAAUGCUUCUUUUGUGGUAUAGCAGGAGAGCAUAGAGCAGAGGUGGGGAAUGUGUAGCCCUCCCAUUGUUGCUAAAUAAUAAUAAUAAUAAUAAUAAUAAAUUUAUUUGUACCCAGCCCAUCUGAUUGGGUUGCCCCAUUGGCCAUACCGGCUGGGGCUGGCGAGAAUAGUAGUCCCACAACAUCUGGAGGGUCGCAGGUUUCCCACCAGAGAGGAAUACUGCUUCUGAGGAAGAAAAACACUAUCAAAAUGUAUUAGGCUUUCUCAGUCCAGUGAGUUUUCAUUUGGCACUAACUUCAGGUUUGCCUCUUUUUGUCCCUGUGCUAUUUUUGCUGUGGUGUUUUUCUUUUUGUUGCUGCUAACAAUGGACAAUGGGGCUUACACAAUGAUAAUAUUCCAGGAAAUAGAAGAUACAGUAUAAGCAAACAUUAGUCACUCCCAAUUACUCCAUUCUUUUUAUUUAAGUUUACAUUUUAAGUAUCUCAUCAACCUAAUUAGAACAAAGUUGUCCUAAAGGAUGCACAUUUUCUGUCAGGCAACACUCAGGUUGAGGUCAAAGGGAGAACAUGUAAAUUGGUACGAGUGUUUUCAAGACAGAGGAACAAAGGUUGACGUGUAAACUUCAAGGCUCUUCUGUCAAGAUGGGCACAACAUAAGUAUGAAAUAGCUAAAUUAGACCUAAUAAUGAAGCUUCGUUUUAAUAUAGUAAAUCUGGGCAUGAAUAAGGAUAAUGGUUUUCGGUUCGCUACAGGUGCCAGUUAGCAAUUGCUUGGAUCACCAAUUACUGUUGCUGUGAAUAAUAACGGUGAUAAUUUAAGAUUGAAUUGAAUUUUCACAGUCUGUGUGUCUUCAUUUCCUUGCUGUUUGACUCCUCUUUUUACAAUUUCCUGCCAUUUAUCUUCCUGCCAAUUUAAGAUAAUUAUGCAUCUGAUGAAGUGGACUCUGGUCCACAAGGGCUUAUGCGAAAUGAAAAUGUGUUAAUUUCCUUUAAGGUUCUAUAAGUCUUUUUGUUGCAAUUUAAGCAUGUGAUCUGCAAAAUUUUGUAGAUGAAACCUAAAGGUACCAUGAACCAGUCUGAAAGGGUCAAGGAGGACUAAAGUACAUUCUCAUUCUAUCGUCUGAUCUGGUGCAUUUGAUUUGGACAAUUAAUCCAAAUGGCUAUUGAUACAUUUUUUUAAAACCCUCUUUUCCUCCAAGUAGCUCAGCUUGGUAUACACUGUUCUGCCCCCAGCCCAAAUUUAUCCUCAAAAGGUGAUGUAGGGUGUGUUAGGCAGACUGACAGUGACUGUUCCAAAGUCACUCAGGGUGGGGAUUUGAAUUUCAGUCUUCCUAGUAUGACAUUCCAGCUUACUACACUGCACUAUCUUUCCUAUGGCUCCAGAGCUUAGAUUCCUGGUGUAGGAGGGAUUUUCCUCUGGCUUUCAACAGUGCACCAGCAGCUGGGUGGAUGGGCGGGAGAAGUUCUUAAAAAGCAAGCUGGAGGAGAGCCUGGGGAUCAUAGUGUUCAGCUUGUAUUUAAAACAUUGCUUCAUAUUCUGAACCAAGAAACUACAAGUUGUGUCAAUAUCACCAGCUCAGAAGGGGUGAAACAGUAUGGAAAUGCCAGUCCACCAGGUUCUUCUAUGAAUGGGUUAUACAUUUCUAGCUAUACAACCUUUUCAAGUCAAUCUCUUCUGACUAUAUGAUAGGUUAAUAAUUCUGCUGCAAUUCUGAAUUAAGCAUAAAUGUCAAUAUGUUCUUUUAUUGAAGGGGAAACUGCUGAUACGUUGAUGGCUUUGCGGUACUGUAAGGAUCGCCGAGCUUUGACAGUUGGAAUUACAAAUACUGUUGGAAGCUCAAUAUCCAGGGACACAGACUGUGGUGUGCAUAUCAAUGCUGGGCCUGAGAUUGGGGUGGCAAGCACAAAGGUAACUGAUAUGUAGUCACUGGUAGGUUUUUUUCUUUGACCAAAUCAUAGGCCUAGACAUUUCUGCAUAGAUUGCCGGAAUAAUAGCCUUGCAUGGUGCUAGAGCACCAUGUUUUAUGACACUGUAGGAUGCUGCCAUGUCAGACCACUGAUGGGUUCAUCUAUCUCAGUAUUGCCAGCACUGAUUGGAAGUGGUUCUCCAGGGUUUCAGGCAGAGUAUUUUGCAGCUCUACUUAGAGAUGUCAGGAAUUGAACCUGGCAUCUUCAGUGUAAAACAUGUGAUCUGUCACUGACCUGUAGCCCUUCCCACUCCAUCGUAAUGUAAGAAAUUAUUUUGCUGAGGCAGGUAGUUUAGGUAGCAAACAUGGAGCAAGCCAAAUUAAUGUCUUUUUAAAAAUCUUCAGGCAUAUACCAGCCAGUUCAUCUCUCUUGUAAUGUUUGGUCUGAUGAUGUCAGAAGACAGAAUUUCCUUGCAAAACAGAAGACAAGAAAUCAUAAGCGGUCUGAAGUCAUUACCUGGUAUGCAUGUUUUUACCGUUCAAAUGAUAUAUAGAUAUAUAGAUAUAUGGGAAUGCUAAAAUUCAAGAAUAUGUGGGCCAUUUCAAACGGGAUAUGUAGAACGUUUUUCAAAUUAUUAUGUGAGUAAGGAAUAUCCAUAGCUUUUAUUUUUAAAAAAUUAAGUUAACCAUUUUUAAUCCAACUUUAUAUUUUGAGGUGCUCAUAUUUUACUGUCAUAGCUCCAGUUUGUACUGUAUUGAGUUCAGAACCUUCAGGGAAAAAAUAACAAUUGAGAAAACAGUUUAGAGAUAAAACGGAAUAGCCUCUUGUUUAAUGUCUCAAAUCAAUCCCCAAAUUGAUUUUUAAAUCAUCCUCUGUAUUCGCAGAUGUGUUUAAAAGCUAUUGAGUGUUCAGCAUAGGGACUGACUGAAAAUAAUUUUCCAUAUCUUUAUUCAAAAUGGCCCUGUGUAUCUUUUUUUUUUUUAAAGGAGCAAAACACUGCUUUGCUAGUAAAUAAAAUUAAAGCUGAUUAAUCUGAAUUCAUGCAAUCCUGGCCACAACUUCUGUUUUACUACUUUUGAAAUGGUUGGCUCUGUAAUACCGUAAAUAAUUAUUGGUUUUAACCUGUUGGCAGAGAUGAUCAAGGAAGUACUGUCCUUGGAUGAGAAGAUACAUGAUCUGGCACUUGAACUAUAUAAACAGCGAUCACUUUUGGUUAUGGGUCGUGGCUACAACUAUGCCACUUGCUUGGAAGGUGCAUUGGUAUGAAUUCAUAAUCUCAGUUUUAUUUGUGACAUUUUUCCUGUUCUUUGUUUGGCAUAGUUGGAUGUUGUUUGUUUUUAUUGUUUUACCUGGAAUACUUGCCUGUAUUUUACCCCAACCCGAGAUCAGCAGAUGGGCAAUUUAGGAAUAUGUUAAAUAAGUACAUAAUUAAAUAUGGUUACAUCUGUAAGUAAAACAUUUUUGCAUACAUUAGGUUUUUGCAUAUAUAAAGCCUUCCAUGGGCAGAAAGAGUCCUUCCUCCCAUGGAAGGCAAAGUCUGGAUCCAACCGAUUAAAAUGUCUUCUUUUCAGGGGGCGGGGGAUUGCGUAUCUGAUGGGUUUUGUUUCAAAAAACUCUUAAGAGCUGUGUUGCUGAACAAAGAGGUGUAGAUGUUUCACUUUUUUCUCAUUUUGAGCUCAGUACAUCAGCUAUUGCUGCCUUGCAGCUUCCGUUAAUUAAAUCAAGACUUGUGUGCAGGAAACCUCAAACAUACUUUGAACUGAAUGAAGGUGGCGUUUAUGAUCUUAGAUUUGAGGCAUCUCUGAUCUUCCUGUUUUGCAUAUGGGCAUGGGAACCAUACGUGUACAUAGGUCAGGAUCCAAAGAACCACAUAACUUGUGAAAUGUUGCCUGUGGGACUUUGGGCACAAUGAAAGUGUCUUUUGGAUUCCAACAUCUGUCAGUUUUGCCUACUUGCACUUAAUUAUUUUUGAACGUAAUAAAUGCUUUUUUAUUAUCCCAGUGCUUUGGUUGUGAUCUUGUUCCAUUUGCUUUGCAGAAAAUCAAGGAGAUUACAUAUAUGCACUCUGAAGGCAUUCUGGCUGGGGAAUUGAAGCAUGGGCCCUUGGCUCUUAUAGAUAAGCAGAUGCCAGUUAUCAUGAUCAUUAUGAAAGAUCCCUGUUUCACAAAGUGCCAGAAUGCUCUACAGCAGGUCACUGCUCGCCAGGUAAAUUGCCUAGUAAGCAUGUCACUUUUAGGACUAGAUUGCUUGUGCAUUUCCUGCAAGAUUAUCAUUAUGAAGGGUAGUCAUAGGCAAGAGAAAGUAGAACUGUGAGGUCAGAAAGGGCAACCAAAAUAGUCAUAGGGAUGGAGCCUUCCCAUUCACAAUAAACUUUAUCUGUCAUGGAUGCUUUAGCUGAGAUUCCUGCAUUGCAGGGGACUGGACAAUAUGACCCUUGGGGUCCCUUCCAACUCCAUGAUUCUAUAUGUAUGGUUUGGAGGACAUGGAAAGAGAUUUCCUUUUCCCCCUUAUCUCAGUAACUCUAGAACUUGGAAUCAUUUAAUGAAAUAGAUUGGGUGUAGAGAUUAAGGACAGACAAAAGCAACCAGUCUUCACACUAUUCACAAAUUAUGGAAUUGCUGUCAACUGAUACAGCGAUAACCACUACAUAAAAAAGGUAAAGGAUCCCUGACAGUUAAGUCCAGUCGCAGGCGACUCUGGGGUUGCGGCACUCAUCUCGCUUUACAGGCCGAGGGAGGCAGUGUUUGUCCGCAGACAGCUUUCCGGGUCAUGUGGCGAAACCAAAGCAGCGCAUGGAAACACCGUUUACCUUCCCACCGAAGCGGUACCUAUUUACCUACUUGCACUUUGACGUGCUUUCAAACUGCUGGGUUGGCAGGAACUGGGACUGAACAAUGGGAGCUCACCCCGUCGCGGGGAUUCAAGCUGCCGACCUUCUGAUUGGCAAGCCCAAGAGGCUCAGUGGUUUAGACCACAGCGCCACUCACAUCCCAUAACCACUACAUUAGGUAUCUUUAAUUGGCCAUUAGAACUAUAGUGAACAAAGUUUUGGAUAUAAGAUGAGGUGGAAACUGUCUCUUAGCAGCUGUUGCUCCUCUGGACAUUUUCAGCCUAGGGAAGCAUGUGCUCAGAAGACACUGCUGCAAGCAUAUUAUGCUGGAACUAGGAAAAUACAUUUCAUGUUCUUAGGUUGUACAUAACAUUUGGUUUGAUUUGAUUAACAUUUGGUUUGGUUUGCACACAUUUCAAUUUUCCCAAGGCCUUUUAUUUAUUUAUUUAGUAUUGUUCUGGAAAGACAGGGAGAAAGUAGGGAUUUUUUUUAAUGGCCCAUCCCAUGGGUUUGGAAAUGUUACAUCAUCAGUAAACCUAUGGAAUGUUUUUUCCAGUAGAGGUUUGGCACUUGUCUUCCAUACUAAUAGUUAGCAGGUGUUCUGCGAUGUUAGUUCUUACAUGGUUUUUAUUGUGUAUAUAUAAUUAUUGUGAAAGACUUCAGUAUUUUUUAUGAAAUUUGUUUAUUUAAUUUAUAAAAAUAUUUAUAUACCGUUGUAUUAUAAAAUAUAUACCACCGUGGUUUACAGAGAUAUGCAAAAUGGCUUUCAACUUAAAAUUUAGCUCAGUUGACAUUAAUUGCUGCAUGUUGGCAAAAUGUCUGAAAUGCGCAGCAAAAUAUACCGUAUUUUUCGCCCUAUAGGACGCACUUUUUCCCCUCCAAAAAUGAAGGGGAAAUGUGUGUGCGUCCUAUGGGGCGAAUGCAGGCUUCAGGGAGCUCUGCGCAACCCUCGGGAGACCGGCUCCGAUGGCCGCGCAGAGCUGCCUGCAGUCCCGGGCUCAGCGCAGCUCUGCGCGGCCAUCGGGAGCCGGGCGCGAAGUCCCGCCCGGCUCCCGAUGGCUGUGCAGAGGUGCCUGCAGUCCCGGGCUCAGCGCACUUCUCCCCAUCGCCAGCCCCACAAGCUUGGGGGACAGCGGGGAGGCGGAGCGCGCCUUCCCGCUGUUCCCCGACCUGGUUCUUCCAGCCCCACACCUGGGGGGGAAAUAAUUUUUUUUUCUUUAUUUCCCCCCCCCCCAAAAAAAACUAGGUGCGUCCUAUGGGCCAGUGCGUCCUAUGGGGCGCAAAAUACGGUAGAUGAAAUGAAAAUGUAACCUUGAAUCAACUUUGAUUUCUUGCUUUGCAGGGCCGCCCUAUUAUAUUGUGUUCUAGAGAAGACACAGAGAGCUCAAAAUUUGCUUACAAAACUAUUGAGCUUCCACAGACCGUUGAUUGCCUGCAAGGAGUUUUGAGUGUUAUCCCUCUACAGCUGCUUUCAUUCCACCUGGCUGUUCUCAGAGGAUAUGAUGUAAGUUACUUCUAUAUUUAGGCACUCCAAUUAAAGCACUUAUACAAACACACUUGGACACUUCCCCUGUUUCUUCAGACUUGAAACAAGAAUGAUUACAUAGAAUUUAAACAAAGACCUAGUUGUGCUCUCUUAAGAUGGAAAUUCAGUGCAAAUCAAAUUUAAUUUACUUUUACCCUGCAACAUAAGCUCCAAAUACUAAAAGCGUAGAAAACAAGUUUACACAAUUACAAAAAUAGUUUUGGAGCGCAUGCCAUUUUUCUUAACAUGCACAUUCCCAUGAUCCAAGCUAUAAGGAGCGGUUUGCAGCAGAUGCCUGUGCGACAUGCCAACCUCCCCUUUGCCUUGCCCCACCCCUAUCAAUGAGUGGCAGUGAGCAACUCAGCAGCUGGGAAGCAAGCAUUCUGGCUCUGCCCCCUGGGUGAGCUGCUGCUGCUACACAACAGUGAUGUCAGUCACUGAUAGGAUACAAAGGUGCUCCACCUUCAGACUUUAGGUGGAUGCUAAAUGAAGAAAGGGUCCUGUCAGUUUUGUUGUUCUGACCAUGGGAUGCCAUACCCAAGGAUUGUCUGGUGCCAAAACUCCAUUGCCAGUGAAUAUUUUCAUUUUAUGCAUAAUGCAUAAUCUGUUUUAAUUGCUGUUGCUGGCUUGUUUUUUAACCUUCUAUUGUUUCUCUAACAUUUGUUUUAAUUUUUUUUUCGUGCCUUGGGAGUUUACAACUGGGGCAUAUUUGCUUUUAAAUCACAGGUUAACAGUGUACACGAUCAAUUACACUACACAGUUUCAAUGUAAUCUCUCUCAGUUUUCAUACAUUUUCUCACAUUUUGAUGAUAAUUUUGCUAGAUUAUCUAUAGGGACGAUCCAUAGCCGGAAAGGUCAGAAGGAAAGUAGGGAAAGAAGCAGAGACCCAGGGUUAUGGUUCAAAUACGGCAGUAGAGAGAAUACAGAAGGGAUAAGUGGUCAAGGGAAAGUGGUCAGGCAAAGCCAGCUGGGAAGGGAUGCAGCUAUCUGUGGUUGUAUUUCCAUAUACAUUCUCAGAAUUUGUGGAGGAAUACAGCUAGUAUGGUGAUUAUUAUUUUUAGUCUGUUUUACUGAGUGAUGCACAUGAAUUUCUUAAAUGAAAAAGCCUCCUAUAAAUUGAAUUGAGGAUAAUUUUCUUUUCUUUUCCCCAGGUGGAUUUUCCGAGGAAUUUGGCAAAAUCUGUGACUGUGGAAUAAGCAUUGCACAGUAGAAUAUUUGUUACCCAUAAUCCAAAAUUGAAUUUCUGUCAGUGAGACUUUAGCAGACUGUUUUGAUGAUGCUGAUUCUACAAAGCAAAGUAAACAUAAUUCUGUUUACUUCAGUGGGGUUUGGGGCUGUGGAAACCACAAACCAGUACAAUGGAUCUGUUGCUAACUGGAAAGUAUUUGGGAAUCUUUUGUUAUUUUUUAAUGUGAUCUUUAAUGUGCCUUUAAAUAUUUGUUACUUGCCUUGCACCUAAGUGCUCUUGCCACAUCGCUGAAAUAAUAAAAUUGCCAAAGAAAGGAAGAAAAAGCAUUGUUUACAAAUGGUUAAUGAACAGUUUUUCUAUUUCUAUGACUGUGCAAUAUAUGUAUAUAACUUUUGAGUUACUGUGAAUAAGUCAACACUAUACAUGCAGCCUGAAUCCAUACAUGUUUACUCAGAAGUAAGUCCCUCUGAAAUCAGUAGGAUUUAUUCCUUGGUAUAUAUGCAUAGGAGUGCUGCCUUAGUUCUAAAUACAAAGUAUUUAUAUAUACACAAAUGUAUAGCAUUUAAGUUAUUUUUAGUAUGUUGGUUGCCUGUAGUAGUGGGCUGAUUUUACUAAUUGUGUACAAGUUCUUUUACUGUUUCUGCUUUGUAUUUUUAACUGGAAUUCUCUUUCCUAUUGUAUUAACCUUUCCUAUUUACUGUUAUGGGAUUGUAUCUGUAUUUCCACAGAUCCUUUCAUCUAUCUACACUUUACAACUUCUGCACUAUUGUGAAUUAAAGUUUCUUCAACAUCAUUCAGAUUUAGUUGUGUUUUGCUGAAAAUUUCCUUUUGACAAAAUACCAGUUUACUUGAGCCAAAUUAUCUUCAUGUUCUUGAAUAGUAUUGUUUAACCAUAGUAAGCUAUUGGCUGUUGUGUGAGCUCAGUAUGUUUAUAUUUAACUAUUGUACAACCAAACGCUAUGCAAUUAAAGAGACUAUUGACUGCAAAAUGUU